AUGCUGUUGUUAUUGUUCGCAUGCCUCUUUGGCACAGCUUUCCCCCACAUGAUCCUCUCCUAUCCCCCGGCCCUACGGUGGAGAGGCAACCCAUAUUCCGGAAACGACGCUGACUACUCUCUCACAAACCCUUUGAAACAAGAUGGAUCAGACUAUCCGUGCAAGGGUAGUCUCAAGCUUCUGGGGACACCAGAGGGAAUGCCGGUCGCCAACUGGAUAGCCGGACAGACCUACAACAUGACACUCGAAGGAGGGUCUACGCACGACGGAGGUUCCUGCCAGGCUGCCAUAUCAACAGAUGCUGGAGCAACAUUUCACGUCAUUCAUUCUUGGGAAGGCGGCUGCCCAGUCAGCGGCGCAGCAUCCAGCUCAUUUUCCUUCACGCUGCCCUCUGACACCACCUCGUCAAAUCAGGCCGUGUUCGCCUGGACGUGGUUCAACAAGAUAGGAAACCGGGAGAUGUACAUGAACUGUGCCGUGGUAACUAUAUCAGGUGGGCAAGCGGGAACACAACCGACUUCCUUUGCUGAUAGGCCCGGUAUUUUCGUCGCCAACAUCAACGGCUGCAAGAACACAGAGGGAGUUGAUACUAAGUUUCCUUCCCCGGGUCCGGAUGUUUCCGUCAAUGACCCUGCUGCUCAAAUCCCUGCAGGACCUGCUUGUACCAGCCCGAUUGUCUCGAGUACGCAGAGCGCAUCCUCGAGUGUCUCGGGUGCACCAAGAAUUUCGCCGAACGCGUCCACGAGUUACAGUCUCAAACUCAGCGUAGGUUUACAAGUCGGUUUGAGUUUGAUGCUUAGUUCUCCUUUGGUUCGCCUACUCGCACUCGUCUAA